UGCAUGUGUGGAGAAGUGGAGACUAGGAAAAGCUGGGGUGCUCAAAAAGCCCCUGAUGAGAGCAGGGGGGGUGGGUAGGCGACCCAGUUUGGUCGUCUUGACCCACCCCCCUAAGACGGGCACUUAGGAAGAGGCUCGCAGGGGUCGAAAGAAAAGGAGCUGGCUGGAAGAUAGGACGGAGGAGUCCAGACACUAGCUAGUCUAAACACCUCCCUUCAGGAUCCUGGACCUCGAGCCCCCAAGGCCCUACCUUACACGACUGACUGCACUCUGUUCCGCCCCGUGACUAACCAAGAAGGUAAGUCGGUCAAAGUUUAGAGUGAGGUGUAAGCAGAGAAAGCUUGGGAACAAUUACAGAGCCUCAGGACUUUUGGGACCCUUCCUCGGGUUUGAUUUUCACCGCCUUCCACCAUGAAGACCCCAAAGAAGCAGAGAAUAGAAAUUGUCAGCGUUUAUCAAUUUGUACUUACCUUUCUCUUCAUGGGCCUCUUCUUCUCUCUUCUCUUCUUCUUCCUCUUCUUCACGUCGUUCUGGUUCCUCUCCGUUCUCUACCUGGUGUGGCUUUUUCUAGACUGGGACACUCCAGAUAGAGGCGGUCGGCGCUUUGAAUGGGUGAGGAACUGGAAAGUUUGGGAACAUUUUAGAGAUUACUAUCCCAUUAAGCUGGUGAAGACAGCAGAACUGUCCCCAGACAAAAACUAUGUGCUGGGCUCACACCCUCAUGGGAUCAUGUGCGCUGGAUCUUUUUGUAAUUUUGCCACCGAGAGCAAUGGCUUUUCCCGUCAAUUCCCGGGCAUUCGGCCAUUCUUGGCAGGGCUGGCUGGCCUCUUUCGAAUACCGGUGUACCGGGACUACCUCAUGAGCUGUGGACUAUGCCCCGUGAGCCGUCAGAGCCUGGAUUUCGUGCUGUCGGGGCCCCAGCGUGGUCAGGCUGUGGUCAUCUUGGUCGGGGGCGCUAAUGAGUCAUUGCACGGGGUCCCAGGAGAACAUUGCCUCACACUUCUUAAGCGCCAGGGUUUCGUGCGCCUGGCCCUGAGGCAUGGGGCCUCCCUGGUUCCUGUGUAUUCCUUUGGAGAGAAUGAGAUCUUUACACAAGCAUCAUUUGGGAUAGGAUCCUGGCAAAGGACUUUGCAGGCAGCCUUCAAAAAAUUCACUGGCUUUGCUCCUUGCAUAUUUUGGGGCCGGGGUCUCCUCUUCCGCUGGGGGCUGCUACCUUUCCCUGUGCCCAUUACAACUGUUGUGGGCUGCCCCAUUCCGGUACCCUAUCGUCCGAAUCCCAGUCAAGAGGAGGUUGACUGGUACCACAAAAUCUACAUGGAGGCCUUAGAACAGAUGUUUGAGGAGCACAAAGAAAGCUGUGGGGUCUCUCCUUCCACCCAUCUCAGGUUUAUCUAGGGCUCUGCCCCUGUGUCACCACCACCCACUACCCCCACUCUAUGCAUUUCCCUAUCUUAGCCCUAGCCCUUUGCAAGUAUGACCCUCAGAAGUGGAUUGGGUCCUGCCCUCACUUUGAAAACAUUCCUUUUCCCGCUAAUAAACACUCUUCCCUCAUUGUGGUCACAUGGGGGAAUAAGUCAAA